AUGAUGAAAGCUUCAAAAUCCAUCUCUCCCUUCAGGCUUUCCUCUCUUCUACGCAACCAAAAGGACCCAGCUCUCGCCCUCCAGCUCUUCCAAAACCCCAACCCUGAUUCAAACCCCCAACCCCAAAAGCCCUUUCGCUACUCUCUCAUUUCUUACGACAUCAUCAUCUCCAAGCUCGGCCGCGCCAAAAUGUUCGACCAAAUGGAGCAAAUUCUCGGGCAAAUGAAGCAACAGACCCAUUUGUCUCCGCCCGAAAUCAUCUUCUGCAAUGUCAUGUCCUACUACGGCAGGGCUCGUCUCCCUGAUCGUGCACUCCACCUGUUUGAUGAAAUGCCUUCUUUCGGUUGCCAGCGGACUAUCAAAUCAUUCAAUUCCUUGCUGGAUGCGCUUUUCAAAUGUGGGAAAAUUGAGAAGAUGAGGGAGGUUUUGGAGGGGAUUGAGGAUUAUGGGACCCCGGAUGCGUGCACUUACAAUAUACUGAUCAAGGCUUGUGAGGGUGAGGAAUUGGAUGAUGCACGGAAUGUGUUUGAUGAAAUGCGCAGCAAGGGUGUUGAACCGACUGAUGUGACAUUGGUGACUUUGAUUUACAAGCUUUGCUCGGUUGAUAGGGUGAAAGAAGCUUUGGAAUUGAAAGAGGAAUGUGAGCGCGUUCAUGGGGUUAUGGCUAAUGCAUUCGUGUAUGCCUCUUUGAUGAAAGGACUUUGUGGAAUUGGUGAAAUGACAUUGGCUUUUGAGCUGAAGGAUGAGAUGGUGAGGAAGAACAUUCGGUUCGAUGCAGCGGUUUAUUCUACAUUGAUCAGUGUGCUAUUCAAGGCCGGUAGGAGAGGAGAGGUUUCGGGGCUAUUGAAGGAAAUGAGUGAGUAUGGGUGCAAGCCAAACACUGUGACUUACAAUGCAAUGAUUCAUGGGUAUUGUAAGGAGAAGGAUUUUGAAGCAGCAUAUGGAGUUUUGGAUGAGAUGGUGAAGGAAGGGUGUAGGCCAAAUGCUAUUACCUACAAUGUGAUUAUUGUUGCAUUGUGCAAAGAAGGGAAAUGGAGUGAAGCGAAUCUGUUCUUUCAAGAUUUACCAAGGCGCGGGUGCCAUCCGGAUAUGCUCUCAUAUAGAAUGCUAUUUAGUGGACUUUGUGAUUGUGGACAGUUUAAGGAAGCAGCAUUUAUCCUGGAUGAGAUGAUUUAUAAGGCUUACGCGCCCCAUUAUGCACGAACGCAUAAACUUGUUGAGGGUUUGUGUGAGGAAGGUAAUAUGGAGUUGUUAGGGAUAGUUUUGAGUAGCCUGGAAAAGGCAAAUGUUCUUGAUGAAGAUACCUGGAGGGUGAUCAUUUCUACGCUACGUAAGGAGAAGCCGUCAGAUGUCUUUGAGCUCAUUGAUACUUUGACUAUUCAGUAA